UCCUUCAUUCCCCUGAAAGAAAGAAAGAAAAAAUUCAAUGCAGAAAUAGGCGAAGAAAAUAUAGCGCAAGAAUUGGGGAAAAUAUUGAGGAAGAAAAAGGGGGGAAUCAACAUUGAAUAAAUAAUUAUGGCAUUUUCAUGGCGUUUUAUUGGACUAUCUAUUUUUGUUUUUCUUCUAAAUGUAUCAUCAAUAGCACAUUCUGCUCCUAUCAAGGCACAUAGCUCUUGCAGCAAUGAAAUCAAUAUGAUGCUGGUGAAGUUGUGGGUUAAUGGUGGUGAGGAAGAUUCAAUAGUUGGCUUGAGUGCGGCAUUUGGGUCUGUAUUACCCACUGAUACUAAACGUGCCUCCAGGUUGCGUGCUGUUUAUACACAACCUUUGAAUGGCUGUUCUGCUUCCUCCACUAAGUUAUCAGGCUCUAUUGCACUAGCUCGUCGCGGUGAAUGUGAAUUUAUAACCAAGGCCACGGUUGCCCAAGAAGGAGGUGCAGGAGGUGUUGUGUUAAUAAAUAAUGAAGGAGGUCCUCUGGAAAUUGCUUGUCCUAAUAAUUCUACCAUAUCAAAUGUAACCAUUCCUGUUGUUUCAAUUUCAAAAGAGGGGGCAGAUAUUAUUGAUAAAUACAUCAAUUCAGGAAAGAAAGUGGAGCUGCUGUUAUAUUCGCCAGAUCGCCCUAUUGUGGACUACUCGGUGUCUUUCAUAUGGUUGAUGGCUGUUGGAACAAUCAUUUGUGCAGCUCUUUGGAAAAAGUUUACUCAAUCUAAGGAAAGUGACGACUAUGAACUAUCACAAGAGGAUGAUGAUAUGACCGUCAAGGAGGAGGAUGACAGUGAAAUUCUGCACAUUACUGCAUGGACUGCUAUUGGAUUUGUCAUCUCAGCAUCCACAUUUCUGGUGCUGCUUUACUUUUUCAUGUCCACGUGGUUUGUCUGGCUGCUGAUAUUGCUUUUCUGUAUCGGUGGAAUCGAGGGACUGCAUAACUGUAUAGUGACGCUCAUACUAAGCAAAUUUAGAGGUUGUGGAAAGAAAACAUUGAAUUUGCCGCUUGUUGGGGAGGUCACUAUUCUGUCUCUAGUUGUCCUAACACUUUGUGUGGGAUUCGCCAUCUUCUGGGCAGUAAACAGAAAAGAAUCAUACUCUUGGGUUGGCCAAGACAUUCUUGGGAUUGCUUUGAUGAUCACUGUUCUGCAGUUGGCUCAAUUGCCUAAUAUAAAGGUUGCUACAGUGCUCCUCUGCUGCGCGUUUGUCUAUGACAUCUUCUGGGUUUUCCUAUCUCCUGCUAUAUUCCAUGACAGUGUUAUGAUUUCAGUUGCUAAAGGUAAGAAAGCUGGUGGAGAAUCAAUCCCGAUGCUUCUGAGAGUUCCUAAAUUAACAGAUCCUUAUAAAGGAUUUGAUAUGCUUGGCUUUGGGGAUAUUCUCUUCCCUGGUUUGCUAAUUUGCUUUACAUACAGAUUUGAUGAAGCUAAAAAGAAGGGGGUACUAAAUGGAUACUUCCUUUGGCUGAUGAUUGGUUAUGGGAUUGGUCUUUGCAUUACUUAUGUGGGCUUGUUUUUGAUGAAUGGACAUGGUCAACCUGCUCUCCUGUAUCUCGUGCCAUGCACAUUAGGAACUUGUGUGGUACUGGGGGCAGUGAGACGCGAAUUGAAAGACCUUUGGACCAAUUGCGAUGAAUCAAAACAAAUGGCUGAAGCGCGUCUAGGAAGUGCUUGAUAAAGCUUUUGAAGAAUAUAAAGGUGACAAAGCACAAGCCAUUGGUAUGUUUCAUGCUGCAAAAGUUGUAAAUAGAGUAUGAAGUUUUCCAAAGGAAUACUUCACUAUCCUUCUCUCUAAUGUAUAUUCAAUCAUUCAAUUGAUCAUUAUGUAACAUCACAAGAAUCACAAAACAAGGAGAAUGUUGUAACUCAUUGAAUUACUUUCAAUAGUAAA